CCGUGCGCUGCCUGAUCCCUCAAGCUGUCACUGUGCAGUGCAAAGAGCAAGAGCAGACCUCCGCAGCCAGAUCGAUUCAAGCGCUUCAGUGUCUGGGAGCUCACGAAGCUGUAGGCGCAAUGAAACCAAAGUUCAACAUCUGCCUGCCUCUUCUAGCUGUCCUGUUUUCAGCUUGCACCGCUCAAAUUGCUAGCCGUGAUAACUGCUGCAUCUUGGAUGAAAGAUUUGGUAGUUUUUGCCCCACCACAUGUGGGAUUGCAGAUUUCUUGAGUAAUUAUCAGAAUGCAGUUGAUAACGACCUCCAGGUACUUGAACACAUGUUGCAGGAGAUCUCCAACUCUUCACAUUCAACGGAACGAACUAUCCGAGAGAUCCGACAAACAUACAACACAGACCCAUCAACUCAGCCAAAUGUGAUACCUGCUUAUACUCAAAAGUCCAGACAAAUCAUUGAUGAAAUCCUCAGAUACGAAAACAGUAUCUUGAAUUAUGAAACUACAGUACAGGAACUGACAGAAAUGGUCAUGUUAAACAAUAAUAAAAUUCAACUAUUAAAGCAGAAGACUGCUCAGCUUGAGGCACAAUGUCAGCAGCCAUGUAAAGACACUGUCCAGAUACAAGAAUUAAGUGGAAAAGACUGCCAAGACAUUGCUAAUAAAGGUGCCAGACAGAGCGGCCUCUACUUCAUCAAACCUCAGAAAGCCAAGGAGCAGUUUCUGGUCUAUUGUGAAAUAGAUAAUUUGGGCAAUGGAUGGACAGUUAUCCAGAGGAGGCUUGAUGGGAGUGAAGAUUUUAACAAAAACCAGAUCCAGUACAAGGAAGGAUUUGGACACCUGUCACCAAAUGACCAGACAGAAUUCUGGUUGGGAAAUGAAAAGAUUCAUUUAAUAAGCACUCAAACAGCUAUUCCAUAUGCCUUGAGGAUAGAACUGGAGGACUGGAGUGGCCAAAAAAGCCAUGCAGAUUAUGCCCACUUCAAACUGGGAAAUGAAGCGGAUAACUACCGCCUGAUGUACACCUUCUUUGCUGGCGGUGAUGCUGGGGAUGCCUUUGAUGGUUUUGACUUUGGAGACGAUCCAAGCGAUAAAUUCUUUACCUCCCACAACGGCAUGCAAUUCAGCACGCACGACAAUGACAAUGAUAAAUAUGAUGGUAACUGUGCUGCACAGUCUUCAUCUGGAUGGUGGAUGAACAGAUGUCAUGCUGCUAACCUCAAUGGCAAAUACUACCAAGGUGGUACUUACAGUAACGAAGACCCUCGUUCAGAUGGAUACGACAAUGGUAUUACUUGGGUAACCUGGCGCUCUAAGUGGUAUUCCAUGAAGAAAACCGUGAUGAAAAUCAUUCCAUUCACCAGACUUGCAAUAGUCACGGGACAGCAAAGUGGAGGAAUAAAAGAUGUUGGAAACCGUGGAGACAUUUAGAAAAAUCAUCUAAAAUGUUGGAGAUGUUUAAAAGAAUAUUUUUUGACAACUAUUUACCUGGACAAGUCACAAAGCCUUUAUAAAAUGCCACUACUCUGAACUCACAUAAACUUUUGUAAGAUAGGAUCCGGCAAUUGAAUCAAACCAUUAAAUGUUUGCAUUUGUUUUCUCCACCAAUGGGAUAAAAGGCAGCCAUAGCACACUUUCUGCAUGCAUUGUAUAAACACAAGUGCACACAACUGCACAAUUUUGCACUAGGUUGUGGAAAUGUGAAUGGCUCACCAGUGCAGUCCCACCUGUUAAAAGCCUGUAUCUUGAAGCUCUCUGGAUUGUGUCUGUAUGCAACAAUGAUACAUCAAUUUCCAUGCAUGAGCAAAUCUCCUUCUGCAUAGGAAAAACUGUUCUAGAUUAGAGCCACUAUUUCUAGUUCAUUUGCAAUGUGUCUUCUCAACAUACAUUUAAAUAAAUAUUAACAAAUAAAA